AUGGCGCCGACGUCUCCGAGCUCCGCAGCCCGGCUCCUCCUCGUCCUCUCCCUCAGCCUCCUCCUCCUCACCAGCGCGCACCAGCUGACCCCAUCGCCGGCUGUGCCACGGCCGAAGCAGGCGACGGCCGGCAUUUCCCCCGAGCUCGUGUCGACGCUGCGGGAGACCCUGGACGCGGUUCGGGACGUGGUGUCCGUCAUCUCGGCGUUCCCCGUCGUGGGCGGCAUCCUGGGCGGCGGCGACCUGCGCCUCUCCUCCGCCGUGGCCGACUGCCUCGACCUCCUGGACCUCUCCGCCGACGAGCUGUCGUGGUCCAUGUCCGCCGCCUCGCCGGCCGCGAGCGCCGCGGGAGCAGGGGACGCCGGCGGCACGGGCGACGCGCACGCGGACCUCCGGGCGUGGCUGAGCGGCGCGCUGGGCAACCAGGGCACCUGCAAGGAGGGGCUGGACGACACCGGGUCGCCCCUCGGCUCGCUCGUGUCGGUCGGGCUCCAGGCCGUCACGUCGCUGCUGGGGGACGGGCUCGGCCAGGUCGUCACCGGGCAGGCCGCCACCGUGUCGUCGUCCCGCAGCGCGCGCGGCCGCGGGCUGUCCCAGCUGGGGCAGGGGGCGCCGGGGUGGCUGGGCCGCAGGGAGCGGCGGCUGCUGCAGAUGGCGGUGAGUCCGGGCGGGAUGGCGGUGGACGCCGUGGUGGCCAAGGACGGGAGCGGCAACUUCACGACGGUGGGCGCGGCCCUGGACGCGGCGCCGUCGGAGAGCGCGGGGCGGCACGUGAUCUACGUGAAGCGAGGCGUGUACGAGGAGACGGUGGAGGUGAAGAAGAAGAAGUGGAACGUGAUGCUGGUCGGCGACGGGAUCGGCGCCACGGUCAUCUCCGGCCGGCUCAACUACGUCGACGGGUACUCGACGUUCCGCACCGCCACCGUCGCCGUGAACGGCAAGGGGUUCAUCGCGCGGGACGUGACGUUCGAGAACACGGCGGGGCCGGCGAAGCACCAGGCGGUGGCGCUGCGGUGCGACUCGGACCUCUCCGUCUUCUACCGCUGCGCCUUCGAGGGGUACCAGGACACGCUCUACGCGCACUCCCUCCGCCAGUUCUACCGCGACUGCCGCGUCACCGGCACCGUCGACUUCGUCUUCGGCAACGCCGCCGCCGUGUUCCAGAACUGCACCCUCCUCGCCCGCGCGCCGCUCCCGGACCAGAAGAACUCCGUCACGGCGCAGGGCCGCGUCAACGGCUCCAUGAACACCGGCUUCGCCUUCCAGUUCUGCAACGUCUCCGCGCACGAUGACCUCCUCCGCGCGCUGCAGAGCAACCAGACCGGCAAGCCCACCCAGACCUACCUCGGCCGGCCCUGGAAGGCCUUCUCCCAGGUGGUGUUCAUGCAGUCCUACAUCGGUGCCGUGGUGAGGCCCGAGGGGUGGCUCGCGUGGGAGGGGCAGUUCGCGCUCGACACGCUCUACUACGGGGAGUACAUGAACACGGGGCCCGGCGCCGCCGUCGCCGGGAGGGUCAAGUGGCCGGGGUACCACGUGAUGACGAGUCCGGCGGAGGCCAGCAACUUCACCGUCGCGGAGUUCAUCGAGGGGAACAUGUGGCUGCCGCCCACCGGCGUCAGGUUCACGUCCGGUCUCGCGUCUUAAUUCAUCAUCUGGGUCCGAAUGUUACAGAGCUACUAUACUCCACUUGUUAUACACUUUGGAAUGGAAGAAAGGAUUUGUUAGAAUGGAAUUAUAUGGCUGAUACUUAAUCUAGGGAUUAGUUGUUUAAUCGGUUGGGGU